AUGCCAGUCAAACCUGUUGGGUGGAUAUGUGGGCAGGUGUUGAAGAACUUUUCUGGAAGAAUCGAGGGAAUCCAGAAAGUAAUCAUGGGCCUUAUAGAUGAGUUUAAAGAUGAAUUCCCUACCAUCCUAAGAUUAUCACAGUCUAAUCAGAAAAGAGAACCCGUGCAAAAAACAUCCAAAAUCAGAAUGGCUGUCGCUUUAGCCAAGAUCAACCGAGGAACAUUAAUUUGAGGAUUGAACAGCAUAUCCAGAUCCUCCAAAUCAGUUGCCAAACUUCUGCAGCCUCAGCUUGCUUGCAGACUUUUAGAGUUAAGGGACAUAUCUCAUCGUCUGCUCAAGGAAGUUAAUACACAAAAGCAACCCCUAUAUAACCUGCAGGUCAGAAAGGGAUCUUUCUUUGAAAUCAUUUCUUUCCCAGCAAAGACUGCUUUAACUAGCAUAAUGUAUGCUUCGUAUGCAGCACUCAUUUAUUUGACAGUCUGUGUUAAUGCUGUGCUGGAGAAGGUAAUGAAAAUUUUCCAAGAAGAAGAAUCCAUAAGGCAAAACAGAGAGGAGAGUGAAAAUCUUAGAAAAGCCUUAAAAGCCUUUUCUGAGCCUGUGCUUUCUGAGCCUCUGUUUCCUGAAGGUGACGUCAAAGCAAAACCUUACAGGUCAUUACAGGAGAAGCUGGAGAAUAUUUCAGAUCGCCCCAAACUUCCUGCUAAUAAGUUGAGUAAUAAGAUCCAGGUUUUACAUUCUGUGUUUGACCAGUCAACUGAAAUGAAUGAAUGAGCAAAUCUGAACUUAAAUAUCACUGAACAGAGCUUAAGAGUUAUCUAAUGACAUUUCAUCUGACAAAAUUAGGAAACUAGUUUUCAUAUUCUGACUGCUCUGCUUUGAAAAAAAAAGUCAGGGGACUACUGCUAAAAUGUCAUUCUCAAGUAUUUAUGUGGUAGAGAAAAUAAAAUGAAUCGAUGUAGUAUAUAUGACUAUGGAUAUUUUUUGAUGAACCAGAAAAUGUACCAUUUGGUGUGUUAGACUCUAUGCUAUGGUUUAUAAUAUGGGCACGUUUAUAAUACAUUUAUGUUUUUAUUAAAGACUCAUUUAGAGUAUCUCUCCAAUUACUUA